GUGGUGUGUCCCCUGCAGCCCGUUUCACCGACCGCCCUGUAUUCCAGGAGGCCGACACCUUCAGUGUGGGCACCUGGCUAUGACAGCUUGCGGCUUCACAUCCGGGUACCCACUGCGCAUGCGCGAGUAGUGCUGCUCUACAUGAAUGGUCCCGUAGUCUUCUGGGGACAGUCACGUGUCCCAAAAGACUACAGGGAGGGAGGGAGGACACCUUCCGCUUCUGACCGCAUAGGCCAGGGUGGGAGCGGCUACCUGUCAAAUUCGGGUACCCGCUCCCCCCCCUGCGCCCCCCAAAGGUGCCAAUCCUUAAUGGGGAGUGGGGGAGCAGUCCUU